AUGUCUCUUGCGGAUGGUAGUGGGGGCCUCUCCUCGGCGGUCGGCUCGCUGGCACCGGAGGAGGUGGACAUGCUGCGCGAUGCCUUCAUUUACAUGGACCGCGACAACGACGGCCACGUGGGCCGCGACGAACUUCUCGCGACGGUCCGCCGCUGCGUGGGCGACGCCCGCUUUGAGCCGCUGCGGGAAUAUCUCAUCCCCCUCUUCGCCGUCGCCGACCGGGACCGUGAUGGUCGUCUCAGUCUCGCCGAGUUUCUUCUCUCCUUCGCGAACGGACCAGGUGUAGUGCCGGCGGAGGUCAUCAAUAGCUGCGUCUCUUCCAUUCGGGUGCGACUCACAGACGAGGAAAUCGCAACGCUGCAAGACACAUUCCGUCGCAUAGACACAAAAGCGGAUGGAUACAUUGAUAAGGAGGAGCUCGUCGCCGCGCUCAAGGAGAACCUUAAAUAUAGGUUUCCAGAUCUUCGAGAGAAUAACUACAAUGAUAUUGUGGCAGUUAUCAUGGCCAGCGCAGAUACCGAUCGUGAUGGACGCUUGUGUCUAUCAGAGUUUAUCCGAUCUUUUCAAGAAGAUCAAGGUGUGCUGCCAGCGGCAUUUGUAGAUGCACAUGCAAGACAAAUGGUUCAGCAAAUGACACCUGCCGAGAUUGAAGUUCUUAAACAAGCCUUUGCCGUUCUGGAUAAAAAUAAGGAUGGUUUCGUUGAGUUUUCUGAUAUCUAUGAAUCACUUUGGGAGACACUUUCUGAGAACGUAUUAGACAAAAGCCAGGUUCAUGAACUUUGUGAUCUUAUUAUGGUUACCGCAGAUCGAAGUAAGAGUGGUAUUUUAACCCUUGCCGAUUUUGUUCGCGGUUUUGUUCAAAAUAUUACCUUAACACAAUUACCUGUUGCUUCUGCUCAAGAAAAAUUACGAACUGCUUGCAAUAAAUUACAAGAAAUGCUUGAAAGUGGUGAGUUAGAACAGCUUUCGGUUGUCCAAGAUGAUGAAGACGGUGGUUCUGGAUGUGUAAGCCCUAAUCAUCUUAUAGCUGUCCUUAAUGAUGUAUUUCGUGAUGUGUUUCCUUCAUUAGAUGAAGAACUACUUUCUGCUGUAAUGGGCGCCAUUGUAGUUGCAUCAGACAACGACAAUGACAAAAAAAUCUCAAUGGAUGAUUUUAUCCAUUGUUUUGCUGAAGGUCCACGAGUUUUGUCAGUUGAUUCUUCUUCUCUUUAUCAGUCGACGAGUGUUACAGAUGGUGAGUUGCUAAUUGUCUCACAAAUCCUUCAGGAUCUAGGAAAAGAGGCAGAUAGUGAGGGAUAUGUACAUGAACCAGAGUUAUUGGAGGCCGUACGUGCCGCAUUUGGCGCAGACCCAUCACAAGCGGACCGCGUGCUUCAGUAUGUACGUGAUAACAUUGUAAAACGAAACUCCUGCAGUUCUCUGGUGGUGGAAACGUCUGUUGAAUGCAGCCGACCGGAUAUGGAGUAUAGUGCUAUGUCCAAUGUACUGAAGACAGAUGAGCUUCAGGAAGCAAACACGAAACAACAAACAAAGGUGGGUGAUGAUGAAGAAGAAGGCGAACCACAAGAACAAAAAGAGGAGGAAAGUAAAAAAGAUCAACAAAAAAUUAAUCCUUCUCCUCACUCACCAGGGGAACUUUAUCAAACACAACCGGCAAAUUACGGCUCGGCCCUUCUCAAAACUGUUACACCUCCAAAGUCUUUGAAAGUACAUGAAUUCGGUACAAACGCUACAGUGUCGGAUGUGCUAUUGAAGCAGCAUACCCGUCGUUACCUUGAAUCUGUAUAUGAUACCGCUGAUAGAGCGGUAUUUGAUGAUGAACUGCGUGUGGAAUUCAAAAAGUAUGCUAAUGAUAACCAAGAUUUUAUUGAUCGUGAAAAAUUCAUUAAGGAAUAUCUUGCUAUGGAACACUAUGGACUGCCUCUUACAGAGACGGAGGUGAAUCGAAUUAUUUCUCGAUAUUCUAAGAGUGAGAAAAUUUCGUAUAAUGAAUUUUGCGUCAUUAUGCUACAACGCGCUCGCAUGUAA